AUGGAGGAUGAGAGGCUGGGAUCCAGCACAAAGAACCAGCGCGUGUGCCACGUGGCAGUGCAACUGGAAAUGGGCAGCCUCUGGGAGGAGUUCAAUCGUCUGGGCACUGAGAUGAUCGUUACCAAGGCAGGGAGGAGGAUGUUCCCCACCUUCCAGGUGAAGCUCUCAGGGCUGGACCCACUGGCCGAUUAUGUCUUGCUCAUGGAUUUUGUCCCACUGGAUGACAAGAGAUACAGAUACGCCUUCCACAGCUCAUCCUGGCUGGUGGCAGGACGGGCCGAUCCUGUGGCACCUGGCCGUGUCCACUUCCACCCAGACUCACCUGCCAAGGGAGCCCAGUGGAUGCGGCAGAUCGUCUCCUUUGACAAGCUUAAGCUCACCAACAACCUCCUGGAUGAUAACGGACAUAUCAUCCUCAACUCCAUGCACCGGUACCAGCCCCGUUUCCACGUGGUCUUUGUGGACCCCCGAAGGGACAGUGAGCGCUUUGCCCAUGAGAACUUCAAGUCCUUCAGCUUCCCUGAGACGCAGUUUAUGGCAGUGACAGCCUACCAAAACCACCGGAUUACACAGCUGAAGAUCGCCAGCAAUCCCUUUGCCAAGGGCUUCCGGGACUGCGAAUCUGAGGCCUGGUAA